AUGGAUUCAGGACAUGGACUCUCUGUUUCUGCUGAGCCAGGACUGACUCAUGACAUCCCUGUAUCCCGCACGUCGGUCCGGCCAAAAGCCCGCAAUCAAGUGACUGGGAGGUGCAAGGGAGGCGGUUUGGAGUCGCCUCCAACAAAUAAGCUCCACAUGUCCACUCCGGGAGAACGGAAGUUCUCCCAAACACUCAUGGGACCAUAG